UGUUAAUUGUGUGGACAACCGCCUUCCAGAAUUUUCCUAUAAAUUUGACUUCCAUUGGCGUCUAUUCUCAUCUUGAGUUCUUCCAAGAGUCCAUCUAAUUCGCAAGUUCUCCAAGCAUCAGAAACGUCCUAAUUGAAGUCACUACCCAUCAAGUUUCAUGGUUGAUCUAGACGUCCAAGUUCCAACUGCUUUCGAUCCCUUUGCUGAGGCCAAGGACUCUGGAGCCCCGGGGGCUAAGGAAUAUGUGCACAUCCGCAUACAACAAAGGAAUGGGAAGAAAAGCCUGACGACUGUCCAAGGACUGCGUAAGGAAUUCAGCUACGAAAAAAUCCUGAAAGAUCUCAAGAAAGAGUUCUGCUGCAACGGCAACGUUGUCCACGACAAAGAACUGGGGAAGGUGAUCCAGCUCCAAGGCGAUCAGCGCAAGAAUGUCUCGCAGUUCUUGAUUAGCACCGGGAUCGUGAAGAAGGAUCAGAUCAAGAUUCACGGUUUCUAGGUACGAAAUAGCUGCUGCCUUGCCUCGCCUUUUAACAUAUUGAUGUUAUAUCAUCCAUCUGGAGUAGAAGCCUAAUAUAAUACAUGUGAUCAGUUUAUGAUCCUCUUUUUUAUUUACUUUAAGAAGGGAGUCUGGUUAUUAUUGUUACUUUACUUUCUAUGUUUAUGCUGUGUGAGUUUGCACUCAACCCUUUGAUGAUUCCAUUCCAUGGGGUGUUUAGUAAACUGCAAAUGUGUAUGGUCGUUUGGUAAUAAUAAUUAUUUUCAUAAUUUACUUA